AUGGCCCAGCGUUUUCGAAGGGAAGAUGGUAGCACGAUACUUCUACAUGGCCGAGCUUCAAGAUCUGCCGGUUCACUGAAGAAAUACGUCUCUAUUUCAGGCCAUCUGCGUUGGUCGAAACCACGAGAGAUAAAGCACAACUGCUGGGAAAUACUCUUCCUCGCCCAUUGGUGGGUGCCUUGCAUCUUGCAACCCCGGACCGCAUUCGGUAAAGGCUUGGAGAUGUCAUUUGAAAUGAUGCUAUUUUUUGCGGCUGUUUCGUUCCAAUUUAUUGUUGAUGGUGGCGUCGUUUUCGUCGGAUACACCACCUUACUAUAUCCCACCGCCAUCGAUGGGAACUCGGCUCAGUUUCACCUUGUUGCCUCAGAUGAACGCUAA